AUGGGACAGACUUCGAGCCGCCACACAGUGUCCACAAGAGCGAGCAAUCGCUCGACGGUUUCUAAGUACCGCGGGCAAAACGAAGGCUCAGACGAUGUCCUGGAAAGCUCGUAUGAUGCGCUGAGAUCGCUCCAUCGAAGCACUUCGCACCGACCGGAAGGGCAAAGCGUGAAGUCUUCCUCGAGACCUCUAAAGAACACUCCCGGCAAUGCAGCACCAACCAGCGCUCGAGGAGAACAGGUCGAUAAGCAACGAAAGUACACUACCUCAGAUCGGCGAUACUACCAUGAUGUCGGGCCAAAUCGUCGCCACGGCAUCGAGGUACCCCGGCCCUCGAAUCCGAACUCUGGAUCCCAACAUUCGAAGUCAGGGUCGCAUGAACGAAAAGCCAAAGAGAAGAAAGAAUGUGUCAUCUGCACCGACAGCCGCUCGCUCUCACACUUCUCUUCCCACCCGCCAACAGCACAGUGCAGCCACAAUGCGGACGUGUGUCGGAGGUGUCUUCGGACAUGGAUCCGCACCACGUUCGUGUCCAAGAUCUGGGACGAGAUCAACUGCCCUACCUGCUCCAAACGCCUGGCCUAUGAGGACGUCCGUCGGUUCGCGCCGUCCGACGUCUUCUGCAAGUAUGACCAGCUCAGCGCUAAGGCCGCCCUUGAAGCCAUCCCAGGCUUCCGUUGGUGUGUUAUGAAGGGCUGCAAAUCCGGCCAAGUGCACAAAGGAGCCUCGAAUCGGUUCCGCUGUGUAGGGUGCAGGCAGAGCCACUGCGUCAAGCACAACAUGGCGUGGCACAAGGGGGAAAGCUGUAAGGAACACGACUACAGAACGAACAGGAAGAUCAAGAAAGAAGAGGAGAGAGCGAGCAAGAGGCUGAUGCAGGAGAUAGCCAAGAUCUGCCCGGGCUGCAAACGCCCGAUCGAAAAGAGCUAUGGGUGCGACCAUAUGACCUGCACCAAGUGCAAACAGGAGUUCUGCUGGCAAUGCCUCGCGCUGUAUCGGAAGAAGGGUGGUCAUAGUUCUGUCACUCACCGUGUUGAGUGUGUGUACUUUGCGGACGAUGCUCAACACGCUGGCGCAGUUGUGUGGGAGGAAGGGUUCAGGUUGCAUCGUUAG